UGAAGGUGCGAAAGGUAUAUAUUUGUCAAUCAUGGAAGUCAGUGCAGAAGAUAAUUCUGGACCAGAGUCAGAGACGAAAUAUAACUCUGUGAUUGAAGAAAAAACACCCGAGAGCUUUAUUGAAGAUAUUGCAGAUGACUAUGUUCAUUAUACUAAAUUUGAUUCAGCAAAAGAGAAAGAAAAAUUCAAUGAAAAUAUUGAAGAAAUGUUAACAAAGUUGGAAGAAUUUUGCGGUUUAGUGGACAUGAUCAGAGUAGACAAUAAUUUAUGUCUAUCAGAAACUUUGCCUAGACUGCAGAAAAAAUGUGCCAAGAUGCAGGAAAUAUUUGAGAAAGUAGAUAAAUUAGAGGCAUUUGUGGGAGUAGUGCAGGCAAAUAUGGCUGUCCUGGAAGAAUGUGUUAACAAAGCGGAAGAUGAAAUGGGAUCACUAAGUGGACUUAAAAAGAUGCUGUCCUCCUUUGUUGGACCAAAAAAAUCAGUUUCUAAGUCAGACAAAAAGCCUGUGUUUGAGCCUCCGGAAAUCUUCAGUACAAAGGCCUAUUUUUCAGAACCACAGGAAGACAAAGAAACAGAAAAAGAAGAAACAUCUGAAAAAAACUCUUGAAAAGUGAAAUUCUGUUUACAUGAUUAUAUUGGUUGUACAAAAGAAGCCAUUAAUGCAUUCCAAUUUUAUAUGGUAUACAGCAAAUUUAUUUGAACCUUGGUUGGAUGAAAGGAAUCAUAUUACAUCAAACAAGAGAUUUUAUGAUCAUGAAUAGCUGCAGACCUGUAGCACCCGGUCUGAAAAAAAUUCGGAUGGGCGACCUGGGAGCUACAGUGCCUCCCAUAGUAAAAAUCUGUCCAAAACUAGCGCAUUUUUUUGUGCGCUGUAAAUUUCAGAUUUUUAUUAUGGGAGGCACUGUAGCUCCCAGGUCGUCCAUUCGAAUUUUUUCCAGAUCGGGAGCUACAGACCUGCAGCUAGAUCAUGAAGAGCACUAUCAUUUUCAUGUAAACGUAUUACAUAUGGCGAAAUGCGGCUUCCGCUAAAUCAAGUACAUCGCUAAAUGCUCUGCAUUUAUGUAUUAGAAUAGUGAUAUUCAGGAAUACGCUAAUUCAAAUCCACGCCAACUUGUUCAAAUACUAUUUUCUGCCAAAUAUUGUACGCGCCAAAUAUAAUACGUUUACAGUAUGUACUGAUAUGUUAUAUAUUGCAUGGUGCAAUGAUUACCUUAUGAAUGGGGUGAUUUAUAUUUGUUUUUGUUUACUAUACACCGGAAGAUAUUCACCCCUGUUUUAUUUGUACCCCUUUUGUCCUUGUUGUAAGGGGGAAAAUUAAACUGGGCAAAUUCCAGUGUCUUGAGGUGAAAAUAAUCCUGUGUACAGUAUUUUGUUUAAUGCCUCAGAGAAACAACAGAUUUGUUGUAUCUGUGUUUUGCUAUAAAUGACCAAUACUUUUGUUUACAACUUUAAAAAUGUUCCAGCUAAGCAUUGACAAACAGUACCUUACUGUAUGAACUCUUCAUACAUAUUGAAUUGAAAGGUCAAGGUCUUCAAGGAGUGUGAGUGAUAAAGUCAUGGCAUCAUUCAUCAAAUACAAUGUCUAAUUCAUCACAAAGGUUGGCAUGUGUAGUACUGUACUCACCGUGGCCACAAAAUGUCAUACACAAAUUAUAAGUUUGAGCAAUUAUCUUUGUAUGAAACGUGUAUACAUGUAUAAUCAUGUUCAGAUAUAUUUUUUUUUCAUUUUUCAAUAUAGAAGAAGGCCUUUUAUGUUCUUCUCUUGGAUGUAAUGGUGAACAUGUUUAUAUCUAAACAUGAAACUUAUUUUUUUAAAGCAUUUUUUUAUCCUUAUUUUCAUAUUUCAAAUAUAUGUAUGGUUACAUAUUUUGGGUUCAAUCUUUUUUUAUUGCAACAUUGACAAAUGCAAACUCAUACAAAAUUGGGUACUAUUUAUAAGCCAGCUUUGAAAAAUAUUGUUUUGCAAAUGUAGGUCAAUUGCUUGGAAGUAGAUUAUAUAUAGUCCCAACAACAUUUGGAAUGCCCAUUGUUGAUAGUCAACAAGCUUUUUAGAAAGUGUACUUUAAAAUUAAUGAUGAAGGUAGCUUAUUAGUGAUAGGGCAUGAUUUAAAUAUCAGUAUCAUUGUGUUCUAUAUGCUUGGCAGCUUUUACAAAUACGAGACCUCUGUCAAUCGCUAAUCUCUUAAUUCAUAUAUAUAUAAUGAUUUCUAUGCGACAAUGAUGUUUUAAUUGUCUUUGAAACAUUUAAUGAUACACGGAAUGUCAAUGCCACCACUAGCCUGUGAAAGAGAAGUUUUGUCUGGUCCAUAUCUUUCAAGUCCCAUUUCUUUCUACAAGAACUGUCGACAGGAAUGAUUGUACAUGAUCAUUUAAUAGAAUACUUGUUGUAUCGUGUUUUUGAAUUGGGAAUCUUUAUAAAUAACUUAGUUGGUUCCAGUACAUGUAAUGCAUUGUUUAUUUACCGCAUGUCAAAAGUAAGACAGGUCAGAAAUGAAUUGGGUUGGAGGGAUGCAUACGUAGGUACUAUUGAAUUAAAAGACGCACAUAUUUCGGCCACAUUCUGAGGAUGAAUGGUUCAAUGUUAUAAACAAAUCAUUGAAGUAUGAUUUAUGGAUAUUGAUUUUUUUUAUUGACAUUAGAAGGUGUAAGCAAGAAUUAAUAUAUAUGAUCAAAUUAAGAAAACUAGUUUGUAAAAUUGUUUGAUAAUAAUGUAAAACCCUAAUAUUUUGAUUGGAGGUGUGCAUGUACAUCUAGGAAAAGCAAAUAAAUUAUUUCGGUUCAAUGUUUCCCCCCACACAAAUUUUACGCUCGAAACUGUUAUUGCUAGUUCAGAACCAUGACAUUUUGCAUUGCUAAUCAAAGUUAAUAGGGUUUAAAUCAAAUAGGGUAUGUCAGACUUAAAAUUCUCGCACCAAUGGACCAAUAAAUAACUUAAUAUAUUAUUCUUACUUUUUAUUCGUUAAAGAUAUCACAUUAACUGAUUUA